AUGUCAAUUAUAGGGAUAAACGGUAGAUGUACUGUAAACAAAGUAACCGAAAUCGAAAUCAGAAGCAAAAUUACGUCAAUUGUCACUAAGAUUCAGUGUUUAGUAAUUCCAAAAAUAACGGAACCAAUUCCCAGUAAUAGUUUUAACAUCAAGGAUUUACAAAUUCCUUCUAGUGUGAAACUGGCUGAUCCAUUCUUACAUUGUUCUGCACCGGUAGAUUUAAUGAUAGGUGCCGAAUUGUUCUUGAGUUUACUGUUAGCAGAUAAAAUUAUUCUAGAAAAAAACCAGCACGUUUUGCAAAAUACGGUUUUUGGAUACAUUCUUGGCGGGUCAUUAGGAAAAUCAACAGGAAGGGAAGCUUCCUGUUAUAAAGUAAAUCUUGAACAAACAAUAGCCCGGUUUUGGGAACUCGAAAAUUCGGGUCUUGUAAAUGAAGAGCAGGUACCAAUUGUAACCCCUAAUAAUCCUUCUCAACAACAUUUUUAUGAUACGACCACUAGGUUACCCGAUGGUCGUUUUAUGGUCAGGCUACCGUUUAAAGAACAUCCGCCCAUUUUGGGUAAAUCCAAAGAGGCUGCUUUAAGCCGUUUGUUGUCCGUUGAGAGAAAACGUGCUCGCGAUAAUCAUUUGAACGAGGCAUACGUAAAUUUCAUGAGAGAAUACCACAAUUUGGGUCAUAUGGAACUAAUAGCGGAUGACACUCCUGAAAACUGUUUUUAUUUACCACACAGCUGCCUAGUAAAUCUCAACAGUACAACAACCAGACACCGCGUUGUAUUCGAUGGCUCAUGUAAAAGUUCAAAUAAUCUUAGCUUGAAUGAUAACUUGCUAGCAGGUCCGGUUCUCCAACCUGAUCUUUUUAUAAUUCUUAUUCAAUUUCGGAAACACCAGUACGUUUUGACAGCCGAUAUUUCAAAAAUGUAUCGUUGCAUUUUAAUCCACCCAGAUGAUCAAAAUUAUCAAAAGAUUUUAUGGCGCGAAACUACCGAUGCCCCAGUCCAGGCAUACAACUUAAAAACUGUCACUUACGGCUUGACUCCGUCAUCAUAUCAAGCUAUAAAAUGUGUACAACAAUUAGGCAUAGAAGAAACAACAAAAUUUCCAUUAGCUUAUCCAGUCUUUAUGAAUACUUUUUAUCUCGAUGACGUUUUAUUUGGGUCAGAUUCCGUUCGAAAUUUAAUCGAUACUAAAGAAGAAUUAAAAACAGUAUUGUCAAAAGGCUGUUUUGUUUUAAGUAAAUGGUCGUCUAAUAAUUCGGCAGGUUUAGAACACGAAGGAUAUAUUUCAUCAAAAAAUUGUUUGAUCGUUGACAAGGAGCAAGGAAUUAAACAACUUACGGCUAAAAAACCCGUAACAAGCAGUUCCAUUAGUUAUAUAAGCCCGUUUGUAGACAAAAACAAUAUAAUCAGGCUGGGGGAUAGAUUGAGAAACGCCCAAGUAUCAGAAGAUAAAAAAAUUUCCAUUCUGUUACCUAAACACUUUGUCGCAGAACUCAUUGUCAAAGAAGCCCAUCUUAGUCAAUUACAUGCAGGUCAUUCGGGCCUCUCACUCAUAAUAAAUCCUAAACCCUUCACCCAGACAAUGGGUAAUUUACCAGAGGAACGCGUAAAAGCGGCGCGUCCGUUUUAA